AUGCCGAAGCCGAAGCCGGAGCUGAAGCCGAAGCCGAAGCCGAAGCCGAAGCCGGAGCCGAAACCUGAGCCGACGACGCCGACGCCCGCGGACGAGAACGUCGAGGAGGACGAGUACGACUUCGAGGAGGACGAGUACGACUUCGAACUCGUCCCUCCGCCCGGGGACGCGACCGCCGCCGGCGUCGUGAACGCGCAAGUGGUCGACGUGACGGACGCGAAGCGCCCGAAGUGGAUGCGCGAGAUGUGGUCGCAGACCACGGCCGCGGUGAACGUCGACGCGCACGAGCUCGCGGGGGUCGUGCGCGAGACCCCGGAGGCGCUGUCGCACGCGAAGCCCGGGGAGUCUCUGUUCGUGACGUUCGCGACGGAGUCCGUGAAAGAUUUCGUGCACACGUGGAUCGAGUCCGCGCGCGCGCUGAAGCUGUCGCCGCUGUUCGUCGGCGCCCUGGACGAGGGGAUGCUGAAGUGGUGCGAAGAUAGGGAGAUACCGAGCAUGCUGCUGAGCGGGAACAGCGUGUUGAAAGGCCGCGGGCGGAAAUUCAUCACCGCCGGGGACGAGCACUUCAAAAAAAUGGGCAGCGUAAAGACGAAGUUCAUCCAAGACCUCCUCGAGCUGAACAUCGCGCCGAUACUCACGGACGCGGACGUGACGUGGCUCCGCGACCCGCGGCCGUACUUUAACAAAGGGACGUACGCCCUGGCGGACGCGCUCGUGAGCACGGACUGCAUCGACAUCCCCGGGGACGCGAGGGACGAGAACGCGUGCGCGCACGUCAACUUUAACACUGGGGUGUUACACUUCCGUCCGUCGAACGCGAGCAAGGCGUUCGUGGAGACGUGGAAGAACAAAGUCGCGAGCAGCACGAUCGCGUGGAUGCGCGACCAGCCGGCGUUUAACCUGCUCACGCACGAGGGCGUCCCCGGGCACGCGCUGUCCCCCGCGACGGCGGUGCCAAGAGAGAAAAAAGGGAAACCCGGGCACAGGAUGCUCUAUCACGCCGCCAACGCGUCGUUGCUCCUCGGCGUCCUCCCGAACUGGCUGUUCGGGAACGGGCACACGUACUUCGUGCAGUGGCACCACGAGACACACGCGGCCGACGGCGCGCCGUACAGCGUGCACAUGACGUAUCAGUACGGAGACACCGGCGCGUACGCGUACGGCAAGCGAGAGCGGAUGCGACAGGCGGGGAUCUGGCGCGCGGACCCGCCGGCGUUUUACGGCGACGGCGACGACGACGUCAAGUUUCUCGUGAUCGCCGACGAGGGCGCUCAGAUGCGAUUUCCGGACGACGAGCCGGCGACGAUCGGGACGGAUCGCGAGGCACACCGGGUGGCGAUCGCGCGGCACUUACAAGAGGACAAGUUGCGAAGGACGACGGUGCGGAACGGGCUCGCGCUCGCCAAGGCGCUCGGACGCGUGCUGGUCCUGCCCCGCGCGCGGUGUUACUGCGAUAAGAUUUGGAACAACCUCAACGCGUGCCGCGCGCCGGGCGCGGAGACGUUCACGCUGCCGUACGCGUGCCCGAUGGACCACAUCUACGACCUUCCGCGGUGGUUCGACGACGUCGGGCGCGGCGUCUUGCCGGACUUUCGCGAGCCGGGUUUUUUAUCCGACGCGAGGGUGCCGUCGGAGGUGCGCGCGUCGAGAGGGCGGAUCGUCGUCGACCGCGCGGGGGACGCGCGCGCGGGGUACCCGGCGUGGAGUAGUGGUGGUGGUGGCGACGCGGAAGCGGAGGACGUCGUGCGUCUGCGGCACGGGUUCACCGCCGCGGACGCGGUGGCGGCGACGGCGGCGUUGGCGUCGAAACGCGUCGUCGAGGUCGACUACCUCGGCGGCGCGGAGACGUUCUGCGGGUUCGCCGCCGACGCGAAGAACGCGGAGUUCGACGCCGUCGCGACGCGCGCGCUGACGAACGAUCAGUACUACUGCCUCACGGAGCCUUGGCACGCGAUGGGGAGCCCGAGAGGGGGACGGUCGGCGAGCGAUCCGUACGAGCCGCAAGUCGUGACGCGGCACUGCGGCGCGAGCGAGGAAGACAUGAUCCGGAGCGGGAGGGUGACGAGAGGGGAGGUGACGCACUUGGGGACGGACGACGGGUGCACGUGCGAGUGGGGGUUCGCGAGGCCGAAGCCGUUGACGGAGGUGUCUAAGGGCGAAGCGUGCAAGGCUGGCGAUGCGUGAUGUAGUCUAGCAGCCGGCGGCGGUCCAACGCGGAGCAACCCCGCAUGUGUACACUUUCCACGUGGACCUG